AUUUGGUUCAAUUCAUUUUAUUUAGUCAACUCAGUUCUAUUUCUUUCCGGACAAACCCUGUAUUCUUGUCUAUUAUGUGUGGGAAUCUUUUGUAUUCUGGGAAUUGUUCGGCAGCUAUUUAAAGUAGUUUGUUUUAUUUUUUCUAUUCUUGUACAAUUCAUUUGAAACGCCUAUCUUUGUGACCAUGAUUUAUUGAAGAGAGCGGUUGAGCUUUAGAGCUUAAAAUUAGCGAAUUAUAAUUUUCGGUAAUCUAUUCUUAUAUUAUUGAGUAUUCGACGAAUAAGUACAUAUGUGUGUGUAUAUAUACAAAUUUGAUAACAAAAUCACCGCCUCAGCCGAGUAAUUAAUUGAUAAAAACUAGAAUAUUCCUCACUCGAAAACGCAUAUUUAAGGCAUAGUCAUCAAUUUCGCAUUCAGUUUGACUGAAAUUGUGGAGAAUGGCACAUCGUUUGAUCUUCUUGUCCAUUCUGUUUGGACAACUUUUGUAUUCGGGGAAUUGUUCAGAAUCUACUGAAAGUAGUGGAUAUAAUGACAUCCUUCAUGGCGAUGAUUUAUUGAAGAGCGCGGUCAAUAAGGUGGAGCGUUUGAGCCUCAAAGUAGAGAAUUAUAAUCUGCGUAUGCAAAGUGAAUUAAUGGCAAUGAAAGAGCAGCUUCUUCGUGAAAUAAAGGAAAUAAAGAAGAGUCAGGAAUCAGCGCUACCUGCAACCAAGAAACCAUCUUCUUGUACCGAAGCGAUGCGUCAAAAAAACGGGAAAUAUGCAGGGAGUGGCGUUUAUGAACUUUAUCUGCCAGAACUCCUUCAACACCCUUUCAAUGUUUUUUGUCUUCGUGAUCCUGAUGGCGGUGAACCAUGGACUAUAAUUCAACGUCGUCAAAGCAACGACACCGACUUCAAUCGUGGGUGGGUUGAGUAUGAACACGGUUUCGGCGAUUUGAAUGCCAAUUUCUUUCUCGGCUUGGAUAAAAUGCAUGCCCUGACGAAUUCCCGAUCUCAUGAGCUUUGGUUUCAAUUGGAGGAUUUUGAAAAUGAGAAACGUGUUGCCAAGUACGACAGUUUCGCUAUAGGCAAUGCUCAAGAUAAGUAUGAGUUAAUUGCGCUUGGACAAUAUUCAGGCACGGCGGGUGACUCGUUCACUAUUCAUCACGGUUCAAAAUUCUCCACUAAAGAUAGUGAUAAUGACAAAGCUAGUGUUAACUGUGCAUUGAAAUUUAAGGGCGCUUGGUGGCAUAGGGGUUGCUUUGACAGCCAUCUAAACGGUUUAUAUUUAGGAGGAGAAUAUCCAAAAAGUCAGACAGGCAGAGGCGUGGUGUGGUAUGCUUGGCGUGGACUUUAUUACUCCCUCAAAUAUGUACAUAUGGCUAUAAGGCCAAAGUACUAUUACUGAGAUAUUGGUUUCCAUUGAACAGCGUAGGCUCCAUUUAGUUUUAAACAUUACUGAGGUUAAAGCUGUUUUAUAAAACUUUACAUAUUCUAUUUAGCAACAAAUAUUACAUUAUUUGAAAAAAAA